GACGGCGGCUCGAUCACGGCCGGCAACUCCUCGCCGUUGUCGGACGGCGCCUGCGCGCUCGUCGUCGCCAGCGCGGAGCGCGCGCCGGCGCCGCGACGGGCUGCCCGCGCUUGCGGUGGUGCGCGGCUACGGGGACGCAAACCAGCGAGCAGCCCCGAGUGGUUCACGACGGCGCCCGCCGCGGCGACACGAAAG